AUGGCGCAAAUUCUGCUCCAUGGCACUCUUCAUGCCACAAUCUAUGAAGUGGAUAAGCUCAAAAUUGGUGGUGACAAUUUCAUAACCAAGGUCUUACAUAACGUCGAGGAGAAGGUUGGUUUUGGAAAGGGUAUCACUAAACUAUAUGCAACCAUUGAUCUAGAGAAGGCUCGAGUGGGAAGGACCAGAAUUAUAGAAAAGGAGCACAGUAAUCCAAGAUGGUACGAGUCCUUUCACAUUUACUGUGCCCAUAUGGCAUCAAACAUCAUAUUUACAGUGAAAGAUGGUAAUCCUAUUGGGGCAACCUUAAUUGGAAGAGCAUAUGUGCCUGUUGAGGAAAUCUUGGAUGGUGAAGAAAUAGAUAGAUGGGUUGAAAUAUUGGAUGUGCAUAAAAAUCCAAUACAUGGAAAUUCCAAGAUCCACGUGAAGCUGCAAUAUUUUGAUAUUUCAAAAGACCGGAACUGGGCUCUAGGCAUUAGAAGUCCUAAAUUUCCUGGAGUUCCUUAUACUUUUUUUUCACAAAGAAGAGGAUGUAAGGUUUCCCUGUACCAAGAUGCUCAUGUACCAGACAACUUUGUCCCUAAAAUACCACUUAGUGGCGGGCAGACUUACCAACCUCAUAGAUGUUGGGAGGAUGUUUUUGAUGCAAUCACUAAAGCGCAGCACAUAAUAUACAUUACCGGUUGGUCUGUCUAUACUGAGAUUACGUUGGUAAGGGAUUCUAGGAGGCCAAAGCCUGGAGGAGAUGCAACACUUGGUGAGCUUCUGAAGAAAAAAGCAAAUGAAGGUGUCAGGGUUUUAAUGCUUGUCUGGGAUGAUAGAACUUCGGUUCCUUUGUUAAAAAAAGAUGGGUUGAUGGCUACUCAUGAUCAAGAAACAGAGGAGUACUUCAGGGGCACCGAAGUGCAUUGUGUUUUAUGCCCUCGCAAUCCUGAUGAUGGUGGAAGCAUUGUUCAGGAUUUGGAAAUUUCCACCAUGUUUACUCAUCACCAGAAAAUCGUAGUGGUGGACAGUGACUUACCGAGUGGAGAAUCUGAUAGGCGAAGAAUUGUUAGUUUUGUGGGGGGUAUUGAUCUCUGUGAUGGAAGGUAUGACACUCAAUUCCAUUCUCUUUUCAGAACUCUGGACACAGCACACCAUGAUGAUUUUCAUCAGCCUAACUUCGGUGGUUCUUCAAUAAAGAAAGGUGGCCCCAGGGAACCUUGGCAUGACAUCCACUCUCGACUUGAAGGGCCUAUUGCUUGGGAUGUUUUGUUCAACUUUGAGCAAAGAUGGAGGAAGCAGGGAGGAAAGGACUUACUUGUUCCACUGAGAGACCUUGAAAAUGUUAUUAUUCCUCCAUCCCCAGUAACUUACCUUGAUGAUCGUGAGACAUGGAACGUUCAGUUAUUUAGAUCCAUUGAUGGAGGAGCUGCUUUUGGGUUCCCAGAUACUCCUGAAGAUGCUGCUAGAGCCGGGCUAGUUAGUGGGAAGGAUAAUAUAAUAGAUCGAAGUAUACAAGAUGCUUAUAUUAAUGCCAUUAGACGCGCAAAAAAUUUCAUCUAUAUUGAGAAUCAGUAUUUCCUUGGAAGCUGUUAUGCUUGGAGUGCUGAUGGCAUUAAGCCUGAAGACAUUGGUGCUUUGCAUCUAAUCCCAAAGGAGCUUUCACUCAAGAUUGUAAGUAAGAUUGAAGCUGGGGAGAGGUUCAAUGUGUACGUUGUUGUUCCAAUGUGGCCAGAGGGUGUCCCAGAAAGUGCAUCAGUUCAGGCAAUAUUGGAUUGGCAGAGGAGAACAAUGGAUAUGAUGUACAAGGAUGUCGUUGAGGCACUCCGGGCAAAGGGAAUAGAAGAAAAUCCUCGGAACUAUUUGACAUUCUUCUGCCUUGGUAAUCGGGAGGUGAAGAAAGAAGGAGAGUACCAGCCUCCAGAAAGCCCAGAUGCUAAUACAGAUUAUAUAAGAGCCCAAGAGGCCCGGCGCUUCAUGAUAUAUGUUCAUGCCAAGAUGAUGAUAGUUGACGAUGAGUACAUAAUUGUUGGAUCUGCCAACAUAAACCAGAGAUCAAUGGAUGGUGCAAGAGACUCUGAGAUUGCAAUGGGUGCUUAUCAACCCUUUCAUUUGGCGACGACACAGCCUGCAAGGGGUCAGAUCCAUGGUUUCCGCAUGUCAUUGUGGUAUGAGCACCUUGGCAUGCUUCAUGACUCCUUCCUUUAUCCUGAAACUACAGAAUGUAUCAGGAAGGUGAACCAGAUUGCUGACAAGUAUUGGGAUCUCUAUUCGAGUGAAACCCUUGAACAUGACCUUCCAGGCCAUUUACUCAGCUAUCCUAUUGGGGUUUCCAGCGAAGGAACUGUCACCGAGCUUCCAGGAUUUGAAUUCUUUCCUGACACCAAGGCCCGAGUUCUUGGCGACAAAGUUGACUACCUGCCACCCAUCCUCACUACUUAA